ACGGACAGAUGUGUGUGAUGCGACUUAACCGUGGGCUAUUUAACAUGUGAGCAUAAACUUUUAUUCGUCCUCUCUCCGACGUAGCUUCUUUAACAUGCUUGGCUAUUGAUAAUCGUUACACCUGCGGUUUUUGUGUGCUUUUUUUGUUGUUGGUGCCAGCACCGAUGCAGCGGUGAAUCUUUUUUUCGACAACGGGGGUGAUACUAAAGUGAUCAUAGAUCCUGUUGAAUUGAAUGAAGACAACGUCGAGACGCGUCCAAAGUGUCAUCCUUUGAGUGCAAUCGAACACGGGUGUGUAGGUGAUAUGUUCGCUGGUUGGAAACGUCGAGGGAUUUUAUUAUUCCCAAAACAAGACGCGAAAUUGCGCAAACCAAGGAAUUGCAUCCUCACCUACAGCAUAUUUUUUAAGGGGCUGAGACGAUUUCGUUUGGCCUUUAGCAAAUCUGCUGAAGACGUCAGAGGAUUAAAGUCGUUAAGAAUCACUGAAGGUGUACAGGAUAAAAGGGACGGGUUUCUCAUCACCUAAGAUGGCAACCAGGAGUAACCACGAGAAGACAAAAAUGCCGUAUUUCAGCAAGUAUUAACACUGGAGUUAACCACCUGCGGGAGGUGGUUUUUUGAACAUAUUGUCCAAUAUACGGUGAAUAAAAAGGAUAUAAAUUGGAAAUUCAUCAAAGGCCUACACAUCCUCUAAUCUAUAUUCACUUGGAUGUUACAAUGAUGUCAUGAAAUAUGGAGUCCGUUUACAAAGAAUAUAUUCAGUUUGUGUCUUAUACCAUCGACAUCGUGAACUAUAUUAAAACAAUUUAUGUAUAAUUGCGCAUUCUUAACUCACCUAAGCCUCACUGAAUAACAGGUGCCUGAUACCUGUCAAAGCAGUAUAAACCAACGUGCGCCCUUGGCUAAAGCGUGUCACUUUCCAUUUCGCCUGCACGAGUCGUCGCUAAAGGGACUAUAGCAUUCACUGGAACUGAAUUCAUACCCUCCUCAAAAUGGAGUUUGCUAUGAUAGGUGCAGAUAAUGGGUGCAAAACUCGACUUCCUUACGGGUAUGCUCGCGCACGGGAAAGGGAGCACGAACGGGAAAGACAGGUACAGCAAGCAGCAGCAGCUGCUGAAGGUGCAGCAAGUGGAGAGGGAGGGGAGUCAUCUGGUCAUCUCCUUAACAACCACCAGCAGCAUCAGUCUCGCACCUCCUCCUCAUCGAAUGCCAACAACAGUAGCGGCGGUACCGCUUCUCGCCCCUCCUCCUUGCAACAGCCACAGCAGCACCACCACGAGUCUGAGCAGCAAGUUCUCAGAGAAAGGAAAAAGCAACGCGGUGUAGGACGUUGGAGAAGGAGUCGUCAGACCCUCGGCGGGGACUUGCGCCACUCAGAGUUGGCGCUACUUGGAUCCGAGGAGGAUAUGAUAGAGGAGGACGAGGCAGAAGGCGGAGAAGAGGAGGACGGGGGAAGCAAGAGGUCCAGUUUUCUCUGUAAUAUGGAUGAUGAAGAGACCGUCUCACUCACAGAUAGACGUCCCCAAUCAGGAUAUGAAAAUGUUUACAGUGAGUAUGGGUGCUGUGAGAGAGUUGUUAUUAAUGUGUCGGGGCUGAAGUUUGAAACUCAACUUAAGACUCUCACACAGUUUCCUGAUACUCUUUUGGGAGAUCCGGAAAAACGAAUCAGGUACUUCGACCCUCUAAGGAACGAAUAUUUUUUUGACAGGAACCGACCAAGCUUCGACGCCAUUCUUUAUUAUUACCAGUCAGGGGGGCGGUUGAAGAGACCCCAAAAUGUACCUUUUGACAUCUUUUCGGAAGAGGUGAAAUUCUAUGAACUCGGGGAGGAGGCAAUGUUGAAGUUUCGUGAAGAUGAGGGUUUUGUCAAAGAAGAGGAAAAACCUUUACCAGAGGACGAGUUCAAACGCCAAGUUUGGCUACUUUUUGAAUAUCCAGAGAGCUCACAACCUGCAAGAGGGAUUGCAGUCGUGUCUGUUCUGGUAAUCGUAAUAUCAAUAGUCAUUUUCUGUAUGGAAACGUUGCCAGAGUUCAGGGACGAAAAAGAAUACCUUAAACCAAGAGAUAAUUCGACGGAACCCCACGGACAGACUCCUUUUAACGACCCAUUUUUCAUUGUGGAGACGGUAUGCAUUAUAUGGUUUUCGUUUGAGAUCAUAGUGCGCUUCUUUGCAAGUCCAAGUAAAACUGAUUUCUUUAAAAACAUUAUGAAUACUAUAGACAUUGUAUCAAUUUUGCCUUAUUUCAUCACGCUCGGCACAGAUCUUGCACAACAGCAAGGCAAAGGGGAUCAGGCAAUGAGUUUUGCCAUUUUGAGAAUAAUCCGUCUUGUCAGAGUCUUUCGCAUCUUUAAACUCUCCAGGCACUCGAAAGGACUGCAGAUCCUCGGACAUACCCUCCGCGCCAGUAUGAGGGAAUUGGCGCUUCUGAUAUUUUUCCUUGUUAUUGGUGUUAUUUUGUUCUCGAGUGCUGUGUACUUCGCGGAGGCAGACGAACCCGCUUCUCAAUUCACAAGUAUUCCCGACGCUUUUUGGUGGGCAGUCGUCACCAUGACCACGGUUGGAUAUGGAGACAUGAAACCUAUAACGGUCGGUGGCAAGAUAGUGGGCUCGCUCUGUGCCAUAGCGGGCGUUUUAACCAUUGCUCUUCCAGUGCCGGUCAUUGUAUCCAACUUCAAUUACUUCUACCACAGGGAGACAGAUAAUGAAGCAGACCCGCCGCCGGUCGUUGAAACCCCACCACCUACCUGCCCUUAUUUCCCCAACUUCCUGAAGAAAUUUAAAGGAUCUCCCUCUGGUUCUUCGCUAGGUGAUAAAGCGGAGUACAUGGAGAUGGAGGAGGGGGUUACAGAGUCGCUGUGUGGGGUGGACAAAAGCCCAAGUAAAGGAAAUGGGACAGAUAUUGGCAGAAAAAACAGUACCAGCUCAAAGUCACAACAGACUGAUGUGUGAUGACAAAACAUUAAAUGUUAUUGCGAAGAUAUGCUUUCAAAUCACACUCAUAGGUGGUCAUACUCACAUAAGUGCGAAUUUGCGCCCAUACAUGCACACUCGCACACAUAGCCGACAUACGCUCACCGACAGACGCACACACACGUACACACUUUAAAUUUUGCUAGAUCUUGGAAAGCUCAAAUACGGUGUUUUAUUUUGUCAUGUGGCUGCUUUUUAGAGGAAUAUAGGCCUACAGAAAAUAGACGCCCAAAUCAAAAGCUUUACUAUUAUGACCAAUGUAAUCAGAUGAAAUCAGAUAGACCUACUUGGGUCUCAUAAAUCUAUAGCCUAAAUGAAAUCGAGAAUAGUGAAGAGGCAGGCUAAUGCAUACGCACUUUAUGAGUUUCAUUUGUCAACAAUUGAAAGGGAGAUACGGAUAUUGUUUUGCUAUUAUGCAAUAAAGUAAACGUUUUUAGUUUGCACUAUUGUAAGAGUUCGUUUGAACUGCGGACUUUCAAGAGUGAUGCAUUUGAAAGUUAUCUUGAGUGACAGAAACUGUAGGCCAACUACAUGGCAACCUGGACAGCCUCAGAUGGUUUGGCUGUAGUAUUGAGAUAUUUUUGCAUUAUGAACAAAGGAAUAAUAAUUUCAUAUUAAUUUUUAGUUUUGGUUUAACCCCUCUUUUUCGUACACAAUGAAAUGAUAAUUUGAUCUGGAAACAUUGAAGAGCUACCAAAUCAUGUGUGAGAUUGUUGAGUAAGUAAGCAUUAUAUCUGUAUUUCUCAAAAGAAAAUUGACAGAAGACUAAUGUCAACAAGUGAGACACUUGGCAAACACCCUCCUUUGCUAUGUUUAGGCCGAAAUAAAGCCUUCUAUUGACCGACAACCGAUAUGAAGCACAUGAAUUACAGUUACUCUGCAGACAGACAUAAGAAAUUGAUCCACACUGGCUGUCACUGGAGGUCAUGUACGGAUAUGCCUUGCGCGACAAAAACCCCCGUCCCUUUAAAACCACUACAAACUAACUGACAGUAUAAUAGGCCUAUCCCUUUACACCGACGUCGACGGAAACCUAUUAGGAAAAAAUGACUGUCAUCGUGGAAACUUUGGGUUUGUGAACUUCAUCUCUUGUUCGCUGGACCUGGUGCACAAUAUUUCUCUAAUAUGAGAAAGGAAGGAUUGUUGGUCAUCCCAGAGAGCACCAAGAUUUCCAGGAGGCAGUUAUCUUCCAAGUGCCAUCAGUAGAUGGCUUAGGAGGAUGUGCGGGCUGGUACUCUUGGAAUUUUCAGAGACAGCUAAUAUUAUGACUGGUCAUCUGGGAUGAGACAAUGGACAUGGAUAACUACAGAUCUACUGCAAGAUUGAACCAAGCAAUUGGACAUAAGUUUAAAUGGACAAACUGGACACUGGGACAUUAUGCAGCGUGCACAAGCAACAGAAAUCCUUCCUAGUAUGCCUGGAGGCAGGGAAAUGAGUAAGUCAUGGCCCAAACGAUUGCCUUAAUUAUUACAUACAGUAUAAACAUAUAUACGAAGUGAUGAAACUAGAGACUUAUCUGAGUUCAAAGAUGUUUUUCUUUACGUGUAAAACAGUGUCUUGUAAGGAACAGAUGUGAAUAUUUUAAUAUGAUAGAGAACAAUUGUUUGGUUGUAAUGUUUUAGUUGGGUCUGCUUUGUAGGUGUCAUUGAUAACCAAACGGUGGAGUUGCUCCCUGCAUACAUGCAGCCAGCCGAAUGAGUCGAUCUAUUUUUAUCUCGUUUUCGUAUUGUCAACCAAAAUAAAGCUGGCUCGAGGCAGAGCUGCUCGCUCAGCUACCGGCUAUAAUGUCUUUCAAUUCACAUCAUCAAGUUAUGACGUAAGUAAUUAUAUAACCAUAGUAGGGUCUCCAAAGUGAGAUAAACAUUCAGAAUGGCACCUCUUACAUUGUGUAAGACAUUCAAAAUGAUGCUACUUACACACUGUAAGCAUUGAUUCACACAGUCUCUCACACAAAAAAAGAUGUCAGGUGUGCACUUGCACACACACACACACACAGUGAUCCGCCGAAGGGUUUUCUCCCUCAGAUGCAAACUGUAUUUCAGUGACAACUAUGUUAGUGAUAGAAUUGACCAGCUGCUCUGUUGACACAAGCCUCGAUCCAUUUAAAGGUAACUGUAUGCAAACUAACAUGGAAGUGUGUUAUAUAUUUUUUUAAACCUAGCCUUGAAUAUUCCUUAACCAAAGUUUAAACCCUGAUUUUAUUGUACGUGGUGGACACUUCCUUCCUGGAGAUGUGGUGAAAAUAGAUACACAUCGAGUAGAACAUAUGUACAUAUUGCUGAUGUUUAUAUUUCUGUAUCCUACAAUGUGUCACAAAUCAUGACAUUUGAAACAAUUCUACUUUGUUUGACUGUUAGCAAUGUUCAGAUCUUCAGAAGUCAUCUUCCAUUUUUAUUUACAUUAACAAUUAACAUGUUCUGUAUGCUGCUCCAACAAGAUGCAUUAUUUGUUUUUCUCUUUAUUUUUUGUUAUUUUGGCAAGUGGGCUGUUUCUUUUGUGCUGUUCUCAUUUCACUGCUUGUCGAAUAUCCGCCCACUCUCCUUCGGCCUGCUUUCAAAGAAAGAGGGUUGUACGCAUUGCUUGCUUGUCGCAGCUUUGUCAGACAAAUCAUUAGCUUUUUGAAAAAAACAAAUGCCAUCUUACGUUCCAGCCCAUCCCUUCUACAUUCAGUCAACAGCCAAGAUCAAGAAGUGCUCACUUGGGUGUCCUGUCAAUUAUCGCAAUGUCUCACUUUGCCAAGGUGCAUUAACUGCACUGAGGUUUCUUUAUUCUAAGUAUUUUUUUGGAAAGGGUGGAACCUCAUGCUAUGUAUGAUUUGAGUAGACAAUGGACUCUUAAUUGUGACGUUUCAAAAGACAGAGAACACUUAAAUCUGGAGACGAAAAUUGCGUAUCAGCAUGUCUACAUAUCAAUCAUUUUCUGUGUCUGCUAAUAUAGAAAAUCCAAAUCAUUCAGCCCCCCACACCAACCCACAGACACACACUCUCCACAUACACACAGUUAAUUGGCAUCUGUUCUCAUUCCCUCAGUUAGAGCCCAUAGAGAGCUGAUUUUCCUCAAUGUUUAGAAAACAUUAUAAUACUUACCAUGCAAGCCUUUGCUAAAAACGUACUUCAUAUCAAAUCCUUAAAGGUAAUUAGUUAUUUACAGAUGAUGAAAGACAAAUAUGCAUCUUUUUAUUGAAUCUCUUCCUAGUAUAUUAUCGUAUUACUUUUAGUAAGUGUUUAAUAAAGCUGACCGUUGUCCUAUCUUCCCAAUCCAUUGUUUCACUCCAAAGUGAUGAUUUCUAUUGAAAAUAUCAGUCAGUGUUAUGUCCUGGCAUAAAGCACUUCACAUGAUGAUGAGAAUGUAAAAAGAAAACUGCCAUUGUAAGUCCUUGUUAUAUCCAGCAUAGUCUGAGGAGCACAAAAAUUAUUUUGGACUACAUUAUGGUAACAUAUUUUUGUAAUUAUCAGUCAAGACAAUUUCAAAUAAAUUAAUUUUCAUGAAUAUAUGUAUGUAAAGACGCAGCAUAGCCAAGCUAUUUAGAUGUACAGUAUCAUUACUAUAGAUCUUGGGUGUCACCUCAAGAUGUGACAAUUUAUUAGAAAAUCUACAACUAGCUGGUUUGUCUUCAGACUAAACUAGGCUCAUAUUCAAUCAGUGUCUCAUAGUAUUGAUCUAGGAUCUGGUUUGCACUCUCCAUGCAAUCUUAUUUCAUUGUUAUAUAAAUUGAUCCAAGAUCAGUACUCUUAUUCUAACUUGAUUCAUAUGGACCCAGACAGAACCAAUAUAUACAGUAAUAUGCAGGGUUGGGGAGUAAUGGAUUAUAUAAAAUCCAUUACUGCACAAAAAAACAGUAACUGUAAUCCAUUACAUUACCAGCAAAAAUAUUGUAAUGGAUUUACAGUUUAAAAAAAUGUAUGAUUACUUCUUGGAUUACUUUUAAAAUCAGAAAGAAUAACUGAGCGAAAUAAUUAUGAAACCUAGCAUUUUAUUUUUAAAAAACACUGUUAUUGAAAGUUAAAAGUUGCACGCCUCAGGUGUGUGUGAUUAGCACUUUUUAAAUUUUCUUAAGUUCUGCUGGUAAAAACAGAGUAUGCCUACAUUAAUAUUAGCCUACCCAUAGAAAAUGUGGUUUAGUAAACUACUACUGAUGCAUCUUUCUCAAAACAAUAGGCUACCUGGUAUUUUAUCUUUUUCAGAUAUCAGACAGGACUUGUUUAGGUGAUUAGGCUAUUAUUUAUCUACAAAUAGCUUUAACAUGGCGCUGCCUUCAAAAUGAACCAUAAUAUGGAAUUCAUCACAAUAUUUUUCUGGAGGAAAGGUGUGUUGGCAAGCACUAUGUCCAUGAAUGACAAGUAAUGAUUUCCAUUCAAUGUCACCUCCAUUACUUCAUAAGGGUAGGCGAUGGGAUUCUGCUUGCUCUAAACCUCUAAAAAGUGAGAUCAUUAGUUAUCAUUGGCUGCUGAAGACAUUGACUUCAAGCUGUAAGAAUGCAAAUGUAAAUAACACUGUAUUUCCAUUUGAAAGUCAAUUGUUGGUGGCAGGUUAUGUUUGAGCAGGUGAAACGUAUAAAUGGUGGUCAGGGGCAUUGUGAACAGGGAUGGUGAGCGACAUUUCCAUAUCUGACUUUCAGUUCGAUGGUUGCAAAUUCGAUUCCAGCAAGAGGCGAGACAUUGUUUUGUUGGGGAAUUUUUUGUGACCUAACCCUUAACCUUCUUCCUAUCCCUAACCUCCGUACUGUAUCCGUAACCUAACCCUAAACUUAUUCAGAACUUUAACACCAGUACUGUCAUGCCUAACAUUAACCCUCAGUUAACCGUAACUGUUAACCGUUCAUUUUGAAUAUAUUAUGUUAAGGACCCACAUAAUAGCGAAACGUGAAGGACCAUGGGGAUAUAUGAUUCUGAACAUCAUUCCUCCAAUUUAUAUUUAUACAGAACUUAAAAAUGAUUUACAAAAUAGUUCCAUAUGAAUGUAAUUCAUGAGAGGCACGGUUGGGUUGUAUGGCAAAACAUUAGACAACUGUAUAUUUAAAGUAGGUGCGAAAAGCUAUGGACCUUUUUCUUUCAGGUAAAAAGUCACAUUUUUGAACAUCAAAGGUUAUUGAAUAUUUUGUAAUGACUGAAAAUCUGACAGACCUUUAGUGUCUCACAGAUGUAGACCAAUCAUUAUAUUGAAGUAGAAAGCAAUAGUUUAGAAACAUACAGUGCCUUCGGAAAGUAUUCAGACCCUUUUACUUUCUUCACAUUUUGUUGUAUCAUGAACUUAAUUUGUAAUUGUUCAAAUGUAUUUGCCAUCAAUUUACACACAAUGCAUCAUAAUGACAAAGCAAAAAAACAUAUUUUAGGCUCAGACUGGGUUACUGAAGAAUAUUCACAGACACAGUUUGAAAGCCACUCCAACAUUGUCCUUGCAGUGUGCUUCAGGGUCAUUGUCAGGCUGAAAGAUCUGAGUUCCUGUGUGUGCUGGAUCAUAUUUUCUUCCAGGACAUAUUUUCCUCCUUUCAUUCUUCCCUCAAUCCUGACCAGUGUCCCAAUCUCUGUUGCUGAGAAGCAUCCCCAUAGCAUGAUGAUUGUAUUGCCAUGCUUCACCGUAGGAAUGGUGUUAGCCAAGUGAUGAGUGUUACUUUGAUGUUGCCUAACGUAAUUCAUGGUAUUCAGGUGUAAUAAUGUGAUUAUGGUCAGAAAAUUGCCCAGAUAAUAUUUUUGCUCUCUAAAGAGUCCUUGUAAUUUGCCUUUUAGUCAGGAGUGGCUUUCAUUUAGCCAUUCUACCAUAAAGACCAAAUUAAUGAAGUGCUUCACAAAGGGUUGUCAUUCUAACAGGUUCUCCCAUAUCUGCAGAGUACGCUGACAUUCUGGGUAGCCAUUGGAUUCUUGGUCACCUCCCUGACCAAGGCCCUUCUUGACCAGUCAGUUAGUUUGUCUGGAUGGCCAGCUCUAGGAAGAACCUUGGUGGUUCCAAAAUUCUCCUUAGUCGUCAUGGCUUGGUUUUUGCUCUGACAUACACGGUGAAGUGGACAAGCAAACCUUAUAUAGACAGGUGUGUGCCCUUUUAAAUGAACUCUAAUCGAUUGAAUUUGUCACAGAUGGACUCAGAUCAAGUUCUAGAGACAGCUAAAGGACAAUUAAAGGACAUAGGAUGCAUCUAAGAUCAGUUUGGAGUGUCUUGCCAAAGGAUCUGGACAAAGGAUCUGGACCAACUAUUUCGUACUUAAGUACAUUAACUAUUUCAGUUUUUUAUUUUAAUAUAAAUUGGCAAGAUUAAAAAAUAAAUAAAUUGCUUUGUGAUUUUUGGGUAUUUUGUGUAGAUUGCAGACAAUUGUUUAUUUGCCAUGUGGAAAAGUGAUUGGGUCUUAAUACUUUCCUAAGACACUGUACAUAAACAAUAAGGUCAAAGGCUAAAUUAAUUUAUGGCCAGGUGUGUAAACUGUAAUUCUUAAUUGAUCCAACUAUAGGUGUUAAAUUGGUUAUAUUCCCAUGUCUCUUAAUAUGAAUGUAACGGAUUAUGUUACUGAAUUUGAGUAAUCCAAAAGUUACGUUACUGAUUACAAAUAUAGACAGGUAACUUCUAACUGUAAAAGAUUACAUUUAAAAAGUAACCUACCCAACCCUGGUUAUACGUUUUCAGCCAUGGGACCACUGUAACAUCAAUUUACCAUGAACAUCAAGUUGGAAAUUACAUGGGUUAUUCUUUCAAAUGCAACUAAAUGUUAAUGCUUGUUUGUGUGUGUGUCUGUGUGUAUGUGUAUGCGUGCGUGCGUUUGCAUGUGUGCAAACUAUUCAUUUUCAUAAAUACAGGAUGGUAUUUAUUACAAGGGGUGUAAGCAAAAUGGAACUGUCUCUUGAAGUUGAUAGUAAAACUCCCCAUAAAUGUAUUUCAGGAUGUGUUUCAAUUUCUUCCGUCCAAAUGUUAUAAAGUAACCAUGUUUUGGCCAGCCUUGCUUUCUUCUGCAUGAUGCUUUGGUUCUCCUAAUCGGAGAUGUUUGUAUUCUUUUCUUCAGAUUACUUCCUCUCUAUGUACUAUCUUUGGAGCUUGUUCAUUUCCUACCCUUGGUUUUAUUUUAUUAAUUUUUUGGUAAAUCUUCAGACUUUUGGAUUUUCUACAUUCAUAUAAUUUUUGUAGGCAGCAAUAUGAGAUGUGAUCAAAAACGGAGUAUGUGCAA